UCUCGGAAGGUAUGCAUUAUUGUGUUUGGUUCACUAUGUUAUAAUCUUGUGUGGUAAAAUUUCAAGAAAAGCAAAGAUUUUUAUGAAAUAAGUAUUGGUUUAGAUAACUUAAACGAUUCAGCUGAGCAAAUCAAAUUAUUUUUGGUACGUCAGACAUUCUCUUUCAAAAAGGAAAAAUAAUCGGAUUUGCGAACUGGGGAGAUUAGUCAUACUUGCUAUACGCUUCUGCGAAACUUAGUGAAUCUGUGAAGGAACAUCUAGAAAUGGCUGCUGGCUCAACGCUGCAAAAAGCGAUCGAUAUCGUUACGAAGGCCACCGAAGAAGAUCGCAAUAAGAAUUACGAGGAAGCGUUACGCCUGUACGAGCACGGGGUUGAGUACUUUCUACAUGCCAUCAAAUAUGAGGCGCAAGGUGAUAAGGCAAAGGAUUCUAUUCGAACGAAAUGUUUACAAUAUUUGGAUCGAGCUGAAAAACUGAAGGCUUAUCUGAAGAAGGGCAAGAAGAAACCCGUGAAAGACGGAGGCAGCAGCUCAAAAGAUGACAAGGGUAGUAAAAACAAGGAUGGAGAUAGUUCGGAUUCCGAUUCCGAUGAUCCGGAAAAGAAGAAACUACAAUCGAAACUGGAGGGAGCAAUUAUUGUCGAAAAACCACACGUCAAAUGGUCCGACGUAGCCGGUCUGGAAGGGGCAAAGGAAGCACUUAAAGAAGCAGUUAUUCUGCCGAUUAAAUUCCCUCAUUUAUUCACGGGGAAACGUAUCCCAUGGAAAGGUAUUCUUUUGUUUGGGCCACCAGGAACCGGUAAAUCGUAUCUGGCAAAAGCAGUUGCCACGGAAGCUAAUAAUUCGACGUUCUUUUCCGUGUCCAGCUCUGAUCUGGUGUCCAAAUGGUUGGGUGAAUCGGAGAAACUUGUGAAAAAUUUGUUCGAAUUGGCUCGCACCCAUAAACCAAGCAUCAUUUUUAUCGACGAAGUGGAUUCACUGUGCUCUUCGCGAUCGGAUAAUGAAAGUGAGAGCGCCCGUCGUAUCAAGACCGAAUUUCUGGUUCAGAUGCAGGGCGUUGGUAGUGAUAACGAUGGAAUUCUUGUUCUGGGUGCUACCAACACUCCUUGGAUCCUUGAUUCGGCCAUCAGGAGACGCUUUGAGAAACGUAUCUACAUCCCGCUACCCGAGGAGCACGCCCGAUUGGUGAUGUUCAAGCUUCAUCUAGGAAAUACCUCUCACUGCUUAUCGGAGGAAAAUAUUCGCAUAUUGGCUAAGAAAACCGAAGGAUAUUCCGGGGCGGAUAUUUCCAUUGUAGUUCGGGACGCUCUGAUGCAACCAGUGCGAAAAGUUCAAUCGUCUACCCACUUCAAGAAAAUAACGGGACCGUCGCCGAUCGAUAAAGAAACUAUUUGCAACGAUUUGCUAGUUCCAUGCAGUCCCGGUGACUCCGAUGCGAUCGAGAUGACCUGGAUGGAGGUACCGAGCGACAAACUGUCCGUUCCUCCGGUGACAAUGGGAGACAUGCUGAAAUCGCUAGGAAGCACCAAACCUACCGUAAACGAGGAAGACAUGAAAAAGCUGGACAAAUUUACGGAAGACUUCGGUCAGGAAGGUUAGCGUGGCCAUUCCGGCAAAUCGAUCAAUGUUGCCUUUGUCCACGAGUACGCACCCUACUUGUCUGUGUGUUAUUUUCUCUUUGUAAGUCUACGAUUCUUUUAAUUAUAAAAUUGCAACAAAUUUCGGCAAACCGGAUAAUUAUAUGACUUUAUUGCAAAACUCCUAGUAAUAGAUAUUUUGUAGCAUUACACAGAAAAUUGCCCCAAAUAAAUGUUGGUAUCUUAUCCUGUUAAUAUAUGUUCAACAUUUAAAUUAAAUUUCAUUUCUGUACAAAAAGAAUGUUAUCGGCUAAUGAACCAAAUUUAUUGAGAUAUCCAAUGUAACGACAUCCUGAGCAGCAGUUGUACGUCCCUCAACUGUAAUGAAAAUAAUUUUCGUGUUGAACUCAACUUGCUGCAUCAAAAUAAUGAUUCUAAAUGAAUAAAAUGUUAUCGAUGGAAAAA